GUGCCGUGCGUGUGUGCCAACGCAACGAAGCCCCCGCCCCGCCGCCGCCCCCCGCCCACUCGUUCCACUAAUUGCUUCCACUACGGAAAACGGAAAACACAAUGCCGGCGCUUUAUCACGCUUAUCAGCGAACGACGUAAGCGCAACGUAAUGACUAAUCGGGAUGUUAACCGCCUUUUCGAAGGGCCCAACAACCACCUGUGGCUCUGAGUACUCCCGACUUUUGGCGAUGGCGUAAUUGUUUUGAUAGUGCCAACAAUGAGCGCUUUUCCAUUUUUAGCCCGGCGACAUUGAAGAGAAAUUAAAAGUAAAUAAAAGGGGAAGGUCGCCGAGUAUCGGCGUUUAAUAAUUAA